AUGAUCGUGGGGACGGUCCUGCUCCAGUCCAGCAGCUAUGGCAAAGACGAGGGCGGGCUGCUCGGCUGCCUGGCUGCCGAUGCCUCUAAGCCUGGUGCGUCGGGGUUCGCAGAGGCCCUGCACCGCCCCUAUGGUUGUGAGGUUGAACCCCAGGCACUGACCGAAGCCAUCAGAUGGAGCUCCAAGGAGAACCUGCUCGGAGCCACUGAGAGCGAUCCCAAUCUCUUUGUUGCACUUUACGAUUUUGUAGCAAGCGGUGACAACACACUCAGUAUCACCAAAGGUGAGAAGUUGAGAGUCCUGGGUUAUAACCAGAAUGGUGAAUGGAGCGAGGUACGUUCUAAGAAUGGGCAGGGCUGGGUACCAAGCAACUACAUCACACCGGUGAACAGCCUGGAAAAGCAUUCGUGGUAUCAUGGGCCAGUGUCACGCAGUGCAGCCGAAUACCUGUUGAGCAGCCUCAUCAACGGCAGCUUCCUGGUUCGUGAAAGCGAGAGCAGCCCAGGGCAGCUAUCCAUCUCGCUCAGGUACGAAGGACGUGUUUACCACUACAGGAUCAACACCACCUCAGAUGGGAAGGUAUAUGUGACAGCAGAAAGCCGUUUCAGCACCCUAGCAGAGCUGGUGCAUCAUCAUUCAACAGUAGCAGACGGACUGGUGACAACUUUACAUUACCCAGCACCCAAGUGCAAUAAGCCCACUGUCUAUGGGGUGUCUCCCAUCCACGACAAGUGGGAGAUGGAGCGAACUGAUAUCACUAUGAAGCAUAAACUUGGGGGAGGGCAGUAUGGCGAAGUGUACGUUGGCGUCUGGAAGAAAUAUAAUCUCACGGUUGCUGUGAAAACAUUAAAGGAAGAUACCAUGGAGGUGGAAGAGUUCUUGAAAGAAGCUGCUGUAAUGAAGGAAAUCAAACACCCAAACCUAGUGCAGUUAUUAGGUGUAUGUACCCUGGAGCCACCUUUUUACAUUGUGACAGAAUAUAUGCCAUAUGGGAACCUGCUAGACUAUUUACGAGAAUGCAACCGGGAGGAAGUGAGUGCUGUUGUGCUUCUUUACAUGGCCACACAGAUCUCCUCUGCUAUGGAAUACUUAGAGAAGAAGAACUUCAUUCACAGGGACCUGGCAGCCCGGAAUUGCUUAGUUGGAGAAAAUCAUGUGGUGAAGGUGGCUGACUUUGGCUUAAGUCGACUUAUGACUGGAGAUACCUACACAGCUCAUGCUGGAGCCAAGUUCCCAAUCAAGUGGACAGCUCCUGAGAGCCUGGCCUAUAACACCUUUUCAAUCAAAUCAGACGUGUGGGCUUUUGGGGUGCUGUUAUGGGAAAUUGCCACCUAUGGCAUGUCACCAUACCCAGGCAUUGACCUGUCUCAGGUGUAUGAUCUGCUGGAGAAGGGCUAUCGAAUGGAACAACCUGAGGGGUGCCCUCCGAAGGUUUAUGAACUGAUGAGGGCGUGUUGGAAGUGGAAUCCACCAGACAGACCUUCUUUUGCUGAGACCCACCAGGCCUUUGAAACCAUGUUCCAUGACUCGAGCAUCUCUGAAGAGGUAGCAGAGGAGCUUGGAAGAACAGCCUCCUCCUCAUCCAUAGUUCCCUACUUGCCCCGGUUACCCAUGCUUCCCUCCAAGACUAGAACACUGAAGAAACAGGCAGAGAACAAGGAGAAUAUUGAAGGAACACAAGAUACUGUGGAGCACUCAGCUUCCAGCUCAGCACCAGGUUUUAUCAGAAGCACACAGCCAACAAGUGGGUCUCCUGCGCUGCCUCGCAAGCAGAGGGACAAGUCACCCAGCAGCCUGCUGGAGGAUGCCAAAGAGACCACUUUCACUAGGGACAGGAAAGGCGGCUUCUUCAGCUCCUUUAUGAAGAAGAGGAAUGCUCCUACACCUCCAAAGCGCAGCAGUUCCUUCCGGGAGAUGGAGAAUCAGCCCCACAAGAAAUACGAGCUAACGGGUAACUUUUCAUCUGUUGCUUCCUUGCAGCACAUAGACGGGUUCUCUUUUGCUCCCGCUCAGCAGGAUGCAAGCCUGGCACCAUCAAAGUGCUAUGGAGGGGGCUUUGUGCCAAGGACCUUCUACAGUGAUGACAGCAGUGGUACCAGUGCUGGUGGGGGCGUGAGCACCAGUGGCGGGUGGUCGGGCAUCACAGGUUUCUUUACACCACGCUUGAUCAAAAAGACACUGGGUUUACGAGCAGGAAAACCCACUGGCAGUGAAGAAGCUUCAAAGCCUUUUCCAAGGUCAAACUCUACAUCUUCCAUGUCCUCAGGGCUUCCAGAGCAGGAUAGGAUGGCAAUGACCCUUCCCAGAAAUUCCCAGAGGUCAAAAAUCCAGCUGGAACGGACAGUGUCCACCUCCUCUCAGCCAGAUGAGAGCAUGGGGAGGGCCAAUGACCUGCUUCCCAAAAGGUUUGAAGAAGGCCCUGCUUUGACCAGAGAGAGACCAAAAGCAAAACUCUUGCCGAGGGGUGCCACAGCUCUCCCUUUCCGAACCCCCUCUGGUUUGGAAGAAAAGGAGGGUCCGGGGCUGGCAGCAGCUCCUAAGAGUAAAGAAAAAAACACUGGCCCACGACAGGGGGCCCUUGAGGAUGGUGAGAGACCAGGGUGGUCAUCUCCAGUAAAGGCUGCAGCAAUACUUCCAACCACUCAUAACCACAAAGUGCCAGUCCUAAUCUCACCCACUCUAAAACACAGUCCAGCAGACGUGCAGCUUAUUGGCACAGACUCUCAGGGUAAUAAAUUUAAGCUCUUAUCUGAGCAUCAGGUCACUUCUUCUGGCGACAGGGACCGGCCCAGACGGGUAAAACCAAAGUGUGCUCCACCUCCACCACCAGUGAUGAGGCUCCUACAGCAGCCAGCUGCCUGCUCAGAUGCAGCAGAAGAUCUGGGCAUCAUGGCAGGAGUGCAGCACGGACUGGAAUCGAGUGAAGGGAGUAAGAAGGCGGCGGCAGCAGCAGCAGCACCUGUUGGUGGAAAAUCUGGGAGGCCCGUGCUGCCUCCACCUCAAGUGCCUCUGUCAUCGUCUUCCACCUCCCCGGUGAAAAUGGCCAAUGGCACAGCUGGCGCAAAAGUGGCGCUGAGAAAGACCAAACAGGCAGCCGAGAAAAUCUCAGCAGAUAAAAUCAGCAAGGAAGCACUGCUGGAGUGUGCAGAUCUUCUUUCGAGUGCCAUCACCGAGCCAACACCAAACAGCCAGCUGGUGGACACAGGGCACCAGCUGUUGGAUUACUGCUCAGGCUACGUGGACUGCAUCCCGCAUACACGCAACAAAUUUGCCUUCCGCGAAGCUGUGAGCAAACUGGAACUCAGCCUGCAGGAACUGCAGGUGUCAUCAACAGCUGCUAGCGUCCCUGGGGCAAACCCUGUCCUUAAUAACUUAUUGUCAUGUGUCCAAGAAAUCAGCGAUGUGGUGCAAAGUCAUCGUUAUUGCGUGUGUGCAUCCCUGCACACCAAACUGUCUGCCUUUGGAAAGGUGACCUGCAAAGGGAAAAGCCUUGUGGUGUUGCUUCAUGUUGCCUUUUAAACAUCAAAGGGAUUGAAAAGGUAUGCGAGCUUCUGUACUGUCAGAUAGCCAGGUCUUGCGUGUCCUGGGAGACAGUCUUACCGUUUCAUCGUUGUACUACUACUCAGCCUAGUAGAAACAGAUUGAAACUGAAGCAAUUCUUAGAGGAAACGUGUUUUAACCAGAAAAUUUUAAGCCUAUUAUAGACAUUACUCCAAUUCUGAUAAGAAUUUUGAAAGAAGCCUUUUUUUUCCCCUGAAUGCCAGUCUCCCAGAAAAGCUCCAGCAAAAGUGACAGAACAGCAGACAAUUCCUGGAAUUUCUAAUUAUUUAAACUCUCUUUCAACCUGUUUUUACUCUUCUGGGAAAACUAAUUGUGUCCUAUCAAACUGAUUCCCAGCACUAGUUAUCCACCCUUCUUUUAAGAUGCCCAAUUUCUCCUUCCCUACUCCAGAGGUGGUGGACAGUGUGACAGAGCAAUGCCCUGGUCUGGUCAGGGCGGUAUCAUUGCUCUGCAGUCUCUGAGCUGAAAAACCCAGCUGCUUUUAAGUGGAAGCUGAGUGUCAAUUCUGAUCCCUCCAGCAGAGGCAAAGCAGGACAGUGGAAUUUGGGGGACUUGCCUGUCACUGGUUCUCCAAAGAAUGUUUUCUUUGCUCGUAACAUGUACUAUCUUACUGGCAGCUGGUAGACGGUGAUGGAGGUAUUGCUGACUUGACACUCAGUUCCCCCCACCAGCACCUAAACAUUGCUGCUGCCCCUGCUCACUCUCUUGCCCAACAUUACUUUAUUCCACAGUCUGAAUUUCCUCAUGCCCUCUGGCAAGGUAGCAAAAGGACGGUAUCUGGGGAAGUUGAUUCUGUUACAAAUCACAGGUCAAAUUUUCAUCCUUCCACAGCCACUCUCCUAAAUUGUCACAGCUCUGUCUCCCUUCUGAUGAUACCAAUUUAGCUUUCUGUUCAGCUUUACAGCUCUCUACUGUAGCAGUUGCUCUGCUUUCAGCCUUGCACCGUAUGUUUAAAAUACCAUAAGGAGGCAGAAGCCUUGAUACUUCUUCCAGUGAAGAGCAGGCGUUGCUCUGCUGUUUGUGGAGAAGGCAUAAACACCUGUUGGGUUUCUUUUUCACCACUGUGAGAAGGACUUGUGCAGUAAGAAUGCAGUUGUAGCCUGGCUCCCUAAUUAACUUGCACUAGUACGGGCUAGAAUUUAAAAGUAAGGAGAUGGUAUCAAAUAGAGCCUGGUAAUGCCAAGCACAAAGCAUGUGCUCACACAAGUGAGCUGACUUGGAGCACUUUCUCUUCUUAGCUACUGUGGGGAAUUAGCCAGCUCCCAGGUGCAAUUCUCUUCUCUUCCUGCAGUGCAGACCCUUUUAACCCCCAAACUGGUGCACUCUGCUGUCUGACUGGCAGCACUUUGAUUUAAUCAUGAUUUUCAUCAUAGGGAUGAAGCUGAAAUAAGAGUUUUGGUCUUGGGACUGCAUCAAGUUAAGCAGCUGGAAAAGCAGAAUUGAAGGGAGCAGUGUUCCUGACGCAGAACACGGUGGGGAGGUGCACCUACCUAUUCCUGUCAUCCUCACGCAGGACCUUCCUCCUCAAAGCCACUGGCCUUAUGUCAACGAGAACACAGUCAAAACGCCCGCGUGUUGACAUGCAGUUACGAGUGUGCUUGUCUAAGAGCUUUGUGGCACGCCGUGCUCUGCAGGCAGCAGGAGCUGAACCCCACAGGGAGGGGUUCAGUAAUCCCUCUGUUACUGCACUAUGGGCAAUAGCUGUACCAGAACUGCUGGGUUCAACGGAGCAGCCCUUUUUUUAAAAGGCAGAGGGGUGAGACUGAUCAGGUAAGACAGGGUACGUGCCCUUUGCAGUCAGUGUGUUUCAGGUAAAGGAACACAGACGUCGUCUGUACCACUUACCUGACACCGGCUUCCCAGGCAGCAGAAGGGCUCAGGAUUGUAUCCGUUGGUGCUCCUGGGCAAUAGCAGCUGUGACAAGCACUAAAUGAAUCAAGGUGCAUUUUUUCUUUUUGCAAGUGUUGCAGACUGCUGUUUUGUUUUAAAACACUCAACCCCAGGCCUGUUACUAACCAGUAGCUGACAGAAACUGAAGAGUAGCAACUACAGCAUGCUCAAAAACCUCCUCCUUCUGUGCAAAUAGCAUUAUCCAGUUCCUUGUGCAAGUGGAUGUUUUGCAUGAAUGGGCAGUGGAGUUGCACUCCAAUUGCCUGUAGUAUAGAACAAAUCCUUUAGUCUAUUCCAUGCUGGUAGGAAACAAUCUGUUACAGGACACACGACUGACUGACUGACUUACCUGUAAUAUCGACAAGAUGAGAAGUGUCUGUACCAAAGGAGGUCGCUCUUCCAAACGCGUCUGUUGUGCAUGGGGGGGGUGGGUAAAGACUGAUCAACUCAGCACGCUGUUUGUAUCAGUAGUGAACUUGCAGAGGACAGGAAUGGAUUAAACUGAAACACAUUAAUCACCAAUCACUCUACCAGUGUUGUCAACUGUUUUUGUUUUUAAUUGUUAUUGUAAUAUAUUUUGGUUGUUUUUCUAAUUUAAUUUUCUCACUAUUGUCUGACUGUGAACUGCGAACAGUGUUAAACUUGAUGUAAAUAAGGCCCUUUGAAGGGCCUCUUUGCCUGUCGUUCCACAAAGUUUUGCCAAUUUGCAUUUUGUUUUAAAUAAAGGUUGCAAUAUUUUAUUGGCAAAUAAA